CUGAACUUACGUGGCGUGACACCUGGUCGGCCCUGGAGGAGGAUGCUGGUGUCCGCGGAGCUAGUCUGAACCCGCGCGAUGGACGACCCCGCCGCCACCCCUGGCGCCCGCCCUAGCGCCACCCCUGGCGCCCGCCCUAGCGCCACCCCUGCCGCCCGCCCUAGCGCCACCCCUGAAGCCCGCCCUAGCGCCGUCCCUGAAGCCCGCCCUAGCGCCGCCCCUGAAGCCCGCCCUAGCGCCGCCCCUGAAGCCCGCCCUAGCGCCACCCCUGAAGCCCGCCCUAGCGCCGCCCCUGAAGCCCGCCCUAGCGCCACCCCUGAAGCCCGCCCUAGCGCCGCCCCUGAAGCCCGCCCUAGCGCCGCCCCUGAAGCCCGCCCUAGCGCCGCCCCUGAAGCCCGCCCUAGCGCCGCCCCUGAAGCCCGCCCUAGCGCCGCCCCUGGCGCCCGCCCUAGCGCCACCCCUGGCGCCCUAGAGCCGCGGAAAUGCGCGGACUGCGGCGAAGUCAUAGAAGGAAGGGUGCUGAUCGCCCUGGAGAAGUCGUGGCACCCCGAACACUUCAAGUGCACCGAGUGCCAGACGAUCAUCGGCUCGGGCAGCUUCAUGGUGCACGACGAACAGCCCUACUGCGAGGACGACUACCACAAGCUGUUCUCGCCGAAGUGCGCCAAGUGCCAGCAGCCCAUCAAGACCAAGUACGUGACGGCGCUGGAACAGACGUGGCACCCAGAGCACUUCACGUGCGCCGAGUGCGACUCGCAGCUGGGCGACGAGGGCUUCCACACGCAAGGCGGCAAGCCGUACUGCCGCGAGCACUUCUACCAACUGUUUGCGCCCAAGUGCGACGCCUGCGGCAAGCCGCUCGUGCAGAGCUACCUCUCGGCGCUGGGCCGGCGCUGGCACCCUGACUGCUUCGUCUGCAGCGUGUGCAACGAGCCGGUGCAAGGCCCCACAUUCAUCGCCAGGGAGGGCAAGCCGGUGUGCAACAAGUGCUCCGGCGUCACUCCUCCCGCCCCGGCCCCGCCUCCCGCUCCUGCCGCCGAGGCCCCCGCCCCAGAGGCCCCUCCUGCAGAGGCCCCCGCCGCAGAGGCCCCCGUCGCGAAAGAAGCCCCAGCCGAAGAGGCCCCCGCCGCGGAAGAGGCCCCCGCGCCCGCCGAGCCCACCGCUCCUCUCCCCGAGGAGGCAGCGGAGGCGGCGGCUUGA